UGUGAUAUCCGAUGAAAACUAGGUAAACAGGCCUAGUUGCCAUUUUGCUUUUCGCGAGGGAGGAGUUUCCCCUCGUAACAUGACAGACUCUAAAACUAUGCCAUCAUCGGAUUCUUACAAAGGUUGGCUGUAUAAAUGGACGAACUACAUCAAGGGCUACCAAAAGAGGUGGUUUGUCCUCCAGAAUGGUUUGCUGUCGUACUACAGGAAUCAGGCGGAAAUGGCCCACACAUGUAGAGGAACCAUAAAUUUAGCCAAUGCCUUCAUCCACACAGAAGACUCGUGUAGUUUUGUCAUAUCCAAUGGUGGUACUCAAACAUAUCACCUUAAAGCAAGUUCUGAGGUGGAGAGACAGAAAUGGGUGACAGCAUUAGAACUGGCCAAAGCAAAGGCGAUAAGAAUGAUGGAAUCUGGCAUAUCUGAAGAUGGAGAUUAUGUUGUUUUCAAUUUUUACAAAGAAAAAACAGAUUCUGAAGAAGAUGAAGAUCUGAUUAGCCAGCCAGAUAAAGAUGAACUACAGAAUACAUUACGAACUCUGGGUGCCAAGCUGGAGGACCUGAACACGUGCAAUGAUUUAAUAGUCAAACAUGGUGCCGCCUUGCAGAAGUCUCUGAGUGAGCUAGAACAACUAGACAACUCAACAGACACUGCAACAAGGAUAAAGUCAGUCAACGAAAGAGCAACUCUCUUCAGAAUCACGUCAAGUGCAAUGAUAAAUGCUUGUUCAGACUUCUUGGACUUAGCUCAGACACAAGGCAAAAGGUGGCAACGACUGCUCCAGCAUGAACAUGAGCAGAGGGUUCGUCUCGAGGACAUGGUGGAGCAGAUUGCCAAACAGCAGCAGAACUUAGAGAAGCAGGCCAGGAAAUCUCUGGCUGCUGCAAACCUCCACAGCAAAAUAGACACAAACGACACAGAGCCCAAAGUAGAAGGAAGUGAAGAAGAGGAAGAUGAUUUCUUUGAUGCAUUAGAUAUACAACAUACGGAAUAUCAAGUUGCACUUCCCCACAAACCAUCAAUGCACAAAGGUCUGAGGCGUGUUGGCAGUGAUGUCAGCCAGAUUAGUUUGGACAGUCUUGGUGCUGGCUACCAGAGGCAGGAUUACGACUCCUCAGAAUCUGAUGCCGAGGGUGACAAUGAAGCAAGGGUGAUUGCCACUGCCAGAAAACAGUCCAAAACUAAAAUGGGUCAGCCAGGCACACCUGUCCGAACUCGCCGUGCCAAUUCUUUGAGGAAACGUCGAAGUGCUAUUUUAGAGCGACCUAAUCAUACUCUGAACUUAUGGGGCAUUAUGAAGAACUGCAUUGGCCGAGAUCUCUCCAAGAUUCCCAUGCCAGUGAAUUUCAGUGAACCCCUGUCUAUGCUGCAAAGAUUAACUGAAGAGUUUGAGUACAGUGAAAUCUUGGAUACUGCAGCUGCAUGUGAAGACUCGUGUGAACAACUGGCUUAUGUGGCAGCCUUCACCAUAUCUGCCUAUGCAACCACUAGCUUCAGAACAGGCAAGCCAUUCAACCCACUGCUGGGGGAAACUUAUGAAUGUGAUCGAAGGGAUGACUAUGGUUGGAGAGUCAUUAGUGAACAGGUUAGCCAUCAUCCUCCUACUGCAGCCAUGUAUGCUGAGGGCAGAGACUGGGCCUUGUGGCAGGAGUUUACCAUGUCUAGCAAAUUUAGAGGCAAAUACUUGGCCAUCACACCAUUAGGUAUUGCUCAUCUUAGAUUUAAUAAAUCUGGAAAUCACUAUACGUGGAGGAAAGUGACCACCACAGUUCACAAUAUCAUAGUGGGCAAGCUUUGGGUAGACAACCAUGGGGAGAUGGACAUUGUGAACCACACUAAUGGAGACUUGUGUCAUUUGAAGUAUUCUCAGUAUAGCUAUUUUUCUAGAGAAACUCCCAGAAAGGUAACAGGGGUAGUGGCAGACAGGAAUGGGCAGACUAACUGGGUGCUAACAGGAAUGUGGGAUGAAAAGAUUGAAGGUGCCAAAGUUUUAAGCUGUACAACAUCUAGUAAGGGCAAACCAGUAUUUGAAUCGGGUCCCUCAAAGGUGCUGUGGAAGAAAAAUCCAAUACCCCCUGGCAAUGAAAAGAUGUAUAACUUUACACAAUUGGCUGUUGAGCUAAAUGAAAUGGAGCCUGGCGUGGCACCAACAGACAGCAGACUAAGGCCAGAUCAGAGGUCUAUGGAAAACCAAGAUUGGGACGGUGCUAAUAAGGAAAAACUCAAAUUAGAAGAAAAACAAAGACUGGCCAGGAAAAGAAGGGAAGCAGAGGCAGAGCAGGCUGCUUCAGAAGGUCGGGAGUAUGUUCCCUAUGAACCUGCUUGGUUCAAAAAGACAAAAGAUCAGCAGACUGGAAAUUUAAUUCAUAUGUAUACACAUGAAUAUUGGGAAGCCAAAGAAAAACAAGACUGGGGAAGAUGUUUAGAUAUCUAUCUAUAAGACCAUUGUAUAUAGAUGUAUAUUCACAACAAUGCAUCAGAUGUUAAAACAAUGGCCUAUUUAGUCAGUAAUGUUGAACUGAUAAAUACCUGAUGCAUCCAUAUGAAAAACCACUGGGUUUUAUAGUACAUAGAAUUGGUUUUUCAUAGGAGGUAAUCAACUUAUCACAUAUUGAAAAAAUGGUGCUGGAGACAUUUCUCAUUUUUAAAGUGAAAGAAUGAUUCACUAUCUACUUAUAAUUUAAAUUUCAAUGAAAUUAAUAGAGGUAUGUAUAAGAAUCCAGUUGUCGUGAAUAAGCUAUGGAAAUUUGUUUUUUCAUUUGUUUAUCACUACUUUAAAAGGAAAAGAAACUACUCCCAGUCCUUCCAACUGCUGAGAUGAACAAACAUUGUCAAAACAAUGGGCCUGUAUAUGCCAUAAAGAUAUAAAUGAAAUGUAUAUUGUUACUGCGGUCAGUGGUGUGAGGGAAAAGGGAUACUCGUAUUGCCAUCCUCCAGACAGUCUGUCAGGUUAAGGAAAUGUAGGCUUUUCUCAAACUGCUGCUUAAAUUUUUAAGUCAUCUUGUCCCAAAGAAAUGCCAAACAAUUAUUUAUCUGUGGACAAGCUUGUGUAUGCUGUACAUUAAUAUGCAUGGGGGUAAUUUGUGGGGAAAAUUUGUGUCCCAAAUGAGCAUUUAUGUUUACCUGCCUGGGUUGAGAGUAAUCUGUCCUGGUUGUUGUUAAUCUUUGCAGGAAAAAAAUAAUGAAAAGUCAAUUCUUCUCCAUGGCUGUAAUUAAUGCAUUUCAGUGUUGAGAAAUUUGGUAAUUUAUUGUUUUCAAGAUGCAUUUGAAAACGAAUUUUUUCCAACUGCUCAAAACAUUUGUGAGGUAAAGUAUAGGUUGACACAAGCAUGGAGUAGAUAAUAGACUGGAACCUUUGCUCACUUGUAAAUAACCUGAGGCACUUGCACAGUGCUUGUGCAAACUAGAUACAUAGUGGUGGGGAUGCACUUUUGACGAUAUUUAAGUGAGGAUCAUAGGGUGUGCACACUGGGGUUAAAGUUGCGCAUGUUGUUAAUUUCCAUAAGUACUCUAGUUGAUUUGACAAUUGUUACAACUGCACAUGCGCAAAUUAGGUGGGUAUAGUUUUGGUGCACUUCAGACUUAAAAUAAAUGGAAGGGUAUUGGUAGUGCUAGUAUAUUAACAUAACUUGUCAUAUUUGAAAUGCCCAAAAUCUAUACUUUGGUGUAAGCAAUGUGUUGUUAAGUAUUUGUAAACAAUUAGCUGUUACGAAUAGUUUGGUUUAACAAACAUGUAGAUAUUGGAGUUAAUGAAUCUGUGAUAUAACACAGUAAUCUAAUCAUGUAAAGUCUGCAUUGAGUGCUUUAGGUAUGCAUUCCCAAAAUUUAUUACAUUAUAUAAUGCAUAUGUGGUACCAUGUAUGGAUUGAAAAUAAAUUGCAACUUUUCCAAAAUAAUUUUAGCACGUUGAUUCUCAGGUUCAAGUGCUGUAUUUGUGGUAUGUAGGACAAUGUAUAGUUACACUAAAGUUCAGAGAGACAAAUCCACCUCUUAAACUGCCAGUCUGACAUACCUGAAAAUGGGACAAUGUGACAACCCAUUUUCAGCGGAGUCUUGUUGUAUGGAAAGAGGGGGGGGGUCAAUAAUUGAAAGAUUUCAGAUUAAACUAUAAAAUGCAACAACUGAACUAGAAAACAAAAUGGUUAAAGUUCUGCUUCACAAAGAAUCUAAUAAACAUAAAGCUGUAUAAAA